UGAAUUGCAUGAAAUGGAGUUUGCUCAUGCUUGUCGUCGUUGAUGUGAUUCGUGAUUCGCUAUUGCGGCUUCCUUUCGCGGCAGCCCGAUCUUAUGCUUCACAUGUUUUUAUUCUCUUCAGAUCGUUGCUACCACCGUGUCUGAGCUGGAAUUGGUCCCGGAAAGCUGCGAACGUCUUGCAUUAGUUUAGGGUUCUGAUUCUGCGUGUUGGUUCGUUCGGAGAUCUCUUCUGCUGGAUUUGCGUGCUGGUUUACGGGGUUUGUUAAGCAAGUAGUUAUCGGAAUUGAAGGCAUCGUAUCAGAGCUUCUUGUAGUACCGCACAUGGAUUCCUUGACAGUAUUGUGAUUGGAUUGGGAAUUGGCACUUGCUCUGAAGGUUCGAUAGGAACCUUCAAGAGCUACAUUUGAGUUUCUGAAGGUGCAGCCUCGAACUAUGCAUUGUUUGAUGAAGGUUGAUAUCCUGUUUGCCAUCUGAGAGUGGAUCGGUAGGCAGGUGUCAUACUAGCGAUCAAGUUAAGAAUCAAGAAUGUCGUUCUUCAAUAAGUUGAAGCAUCUCGAUGCGUACCCGAAGAUUAGUGAAGACUUUUACAGCCGGACUCUAUCUGGUGGUUUAAUCACGCUCGUAUCUUCCGUAUUUAUGACUCUUUUAUUCAUCACGGAAUUUCGGAUAUAUCUAAGUGCCCAGACACAGAAUCAGCUGGUGGUGGACACUUCUCGAGGGGAAACUCUUCAGAUAAAUUUGGACAUUACGUUCUCGGCAUUGGCGUGCUCUGUUGUCAGCUUAGAUGCAAUGGACAUUAGUGGUGAGCAGCACCUGAAUGUGAGGCACAAUAUCUUUAAGAAAAGACUCGACGUCCAUGGAAAAGCUAUCGACGCCCCGAAACCUGAUGCCAUCAAUGCUCCUAAGGUCCAGAGGCCGUUGCAAAAGCAUGGUGGAAGACUUGAACACAACGAAACAUACUGCGGCUCCUGUUUUGGCGCUGCGUCAUCAGAUGAUGAAUGCUGUAACUCGUGUGAAGAGGUGCGAGAAGCGUAUCGAAAAAAGGGGUGGGCCUUGAUCAACAUAGAUAUUAUCGAUCAGUGCCACAGAGAGGGUUUCAUCGAGAGGGUUAAGGAAGAAGCUGGAGAGGGUUGUAACAUCUAUGGAAAAUUAGAGGUGAAUAAGGUGGCAGGGAAUUUCCAUAUUGCUCCAGGAAAAUUGUUUCAGCAAUCGGCUAUGCAUCUUCUGGACCUUUUGGGAAUCCGCAGCGACAGCUUUAAUGUAAGCCAUAUUGUCAACGAACUUAGUUUUGGUGCUCAUUUUCCUGGACGGGUGAAUCCUUUGGACAAGAUUACGAGCAUACAGAAGGACCAAAAUGGGAUGUACCAGUAUUUCAUCAAGGUUGUGCCUACAGUUUACACCGACAUAAGAGGCAGUGAAAUUGCUACUAAUCAGUUUUCUGUGACGGAGCACUAUACAGCGGGAGACCACGGACCAAGAGUCGUUCCUGGUGUUUUCUUCUUUUACGACUUAUCACCCAUCAAGGUGAAGUUUACAGAGAAGAGACCGUCAUUUUUGCAUUUCUUGACAACAGUUUGUGCCAUUGUUGGAGGAGUGUAUACAGUAGCAAGCAUAAUUGACUCUUUUAUAUACCACGGACAUCGAGCAGUCAAGAAGAAGAUGGAGCUAGGAAAGUUCAGUUAGUGGAUUUUCUUUAUUGAUUUGAGGACAGCGAAGAGUUCACUUCAAGCAAAGAGUAACGAAUAGUAGGGAGAGCUAUCAUGAAUAUUUUUGGUUUCUUGAAACGACGAUAAUUGAAUUGAAGCUUGGGAAUUUUACUACA